AAAAUGAAAAAUCCAUAAAUGAGCCAUAAAAGCUCCAUGCUUAGCAGUAGCCAGCAGAAAGAACUCUCUUUUCUUUAUACCGCACUGAGGAAGGAGAAGAAAGAGAGGCUCUCUUUUCCUUUCGUUGAUUCUUUCUUUACUCAGAUCCAAAAGUAGUAAAUCUUUAACUGCAAAGGGUGUCUACAUUGAACGGUGUCUUUGUCUAAAAAAGCAUGGCCAUGGGGAAGUACUCCCGUGUUGAUGGGAGGAAGUCAUCAAGUUACUGUUCGACAAUUAUGGUGGUUGUGUUUGUUGCUUUUUGUUUAGUUGGAGUUUGGAUGUUAAUGUCAUCAUCUGUUGUUCCAAUCCAGAAUUCAGACUCAUCCUCCCAAGAGCCUGUAAAUGAUGUAAAACAAACAGUUAUUGAAAGUAAUUCUAAGCAAUUUGAAGACAGUUCAGGUGAUUUACCGGAAGAAGCAAUGAAAGAAAAUGGAAAUACUGUUGAUUCUCAAAGUGAAAACCAAUCCGUUGUUCAAGAUGAUCAAAAUGGUUCCACAACAGAGGUAGGAACUACAGUUGGUGAUAACAAGGAAGAGAAUGCUGAGACAGAGAGCACUGAUAAGAAGAUUGAGUCUAACAAUGUGGUUGAAGAAAACCAGGAUGAGAAGUCUGAAUCUCAAGGGGAACCAAAGAAGGAGGCUGAAAAUGAUGGAGAGGGAGAAACUGGAGAGGUGCAAGCUGAAGGUGGUGAAAUGAAUAAAAGUGAGCAAACAGAAUCAGAGGAUGCCUCUGGUGAAAAGAAAUCUGAGUCUGAUGAGGGGGACAAGACUUCAGACUCCGGAGAGAGUACAGAUGAAAACAGGCAGGAAGAAAAAGAUGAUCAAAGUACAAGUGAGAAUAACACGGAAGGUCGAGAAAAAGAUCAGUCAACAGUUGAGGUUUUCCCUGCUGGCUCACAAUCUGAACUUCUGAAUGAAACUGAUUCUCAAAAUGGUGCUUGGUCAACUCAAGCGGUGGAGUCACAGAAUGAGAAGAAAUCACAACAAUCUUCAAUAUCUAAGGACCAAAAUGGUCAACGCUGGAAACUGUGUAAUGCCACUGCUGGUCCAGACUACAUUCCAUGUCUUGACAAUUGGCAAGUUAUUAGAAGGCUCCCAAGCACAAAGCAUUAUGAACAUAGAGAGAGGCACUGCCCUCAAGAAGCUCCCACUUGCCUGGUUCCCUUACCCGAAGGUUAUAAACAAUCAAUUAAGUGGCCUAAAAGCAGGGAUAAGAUUUGGUACUAUAAUGUUCCCCACACCAAGCUUGCAGAGGUUAAGGGGCACCAGAAUUGGGUCAAAGUCACUGGUGAAUAUCUUACUUUUCCGGGUGGUGGAACUCAAUUUAAGCAUGGUGCUCUUCAUUAUAUUGAUUUCAUUGAGGAAUCUCUUGCUGAUAUUGCUUGGGGAAAAAGAACCCGUGUGAUAUUAGAUGUUGGAUGUGGGGUGGCUAGCUUUGGAGGUUAUCUUUUCGAAAGAAAUGUUCUUGCAAUGUCAUUUGCACCGAAGGAUGAGCAUGAGGCUCAAGUCCAGUUUGCACUUGAACGGGGAAUCCCUGCCAUGUUGGCUGUUAUGGGAACGAAGAGACUACCAUUUCCAAGCUCUGUUUUUGAUGUUGUCCACUGUGCACGUUGUAGGGUUCCAUGGCAUAUUGAAGGUGGUAAACUUCUGUUAGAGCUUAAUCGUGUAUUGCGACCCGGUGGUUACUUUGUCUGGUCUGCCACCCCAGUUUAUCAAAAGCUUCCAGAAGAUGUUGGCAUUUGGAACGCAAUGACUGAACUGACAAAGUCAAUGUGCUGGGAUCUCAAGGUGAUUAAAAAGGAUAAACUAAAUGGUGUUGGUGCAGCCAUUUUUAGAAAGCCAACAUCCAAUGAAUGUUACAAUGAGAGAUCCCAAAAUGAGCCCCCACUGUGCAAAGAAUCUGAUGAUCCAAAUGCAGCCUGGAAUGUACCACUUGAUGCGUGCAUGCAUAAAGUACCUGUAGAUGCAUCUGAACGUGGGUCUCAAUGGCCUGAGAUAUGGCCUCAAAGACUUGAGAAGCCACCUUACUGGCUGAAGUCUCAGGUUGGAGUUUAUGGUAAAGCUGCUCCAGAGGAUUUUACUGCUGAUUACAAUCACUGGAAACAUGUUGUUUCCCAGUCUUAUUUGAAUGGGAUGGGAAUCGAUUGGUCUUCUGUGAGAAAUGUCAUGGACAUGAGAGCUGUAUAUGGAGGGUUUGCUGCGGCAUUGAAGGACUUGCAAGUUUGGGUUAUGAAUGUUGUCCCUAUUGAUUCAGCAGACACACUUCCAAUCAUUUAUGAGCGUGGUUUAUUUGGGAUGUAUCAUGAUUGGUGUGAAUCUUUCAAUACUUAUCCAAGAACCUACGAUCUUCUCCAUGCUGAUCAUCUAUUUUCCAGUAUCAAAAAGAGGUGUAACAUAGUGGCAGUAAUGGCAGAAGUUGAUAGGAUCUUAAGGCCAGAAGGAAAGUUGAUUGUGCGAGACCAUGUUGAAGUCAUUGGUGAGAUUGAGGGAAUGGCUAAGUCUAUGAAAUGGGAAAUCCGAAUGAUUUACUCUAAAGACAAUGAAGGGCUGCUUUUCGUCCGCAAGACAAUGUGGCGUCCUACAGAGACCGAAACAAUUCAAUCAGCCAUUAUGUGAACAUGAUGCUUCAUUUUUGUCUUUGAGAUGAGGUUAGCUUGCUGCUUCCUUAUUAGAAUUCCUUAUCCUUACUACUUAAUCAUGUAUUCUAAACUUCUAUUAGGCAUUCAACUUGCAGUUUAGUAUCCAUAGCUAUAGUUCUUAAUGGGCAAAUGUAAAAUUUUUUCUACCUCUGUUCACAAGUGUAAAAUCAUGUAGUUGAUUAUUCUUUAAACAACCCUUAAUAUGAUGUUUACUAUAUUAAUAUUAUUAGCUAAAUCAAUGUCUUUCUUAUCACUA